AAGGCGGAGUCGGACCGGCAGAGACCCCACCUCCGGAGGGAUGCCAGAACCAGUCAGAAGGGCGCAGCGCGGGCUCUGUUCAGCAGCCGGUCUGGGGGGUGUAGCUUUUCCUCCGCCGGCUGUUCUUUGUGCCCGUAGCUGCUAUGCGGGAUUACGACGAGAUCAUCGCCUUCCUGGGCGAGUGGGGUCCCUACCAGCGUCUCAUCUUCUUCUUACUCAGCGCCAGCAUCAUCCCCAAUGGCUUCAACGGCAUGUCCGCCGUUUUCUUAGCCGGCACCCCCGAGCACCGGUGCCGGGUGCCCGCCAGCGCCAACCUGAGUGUGGAAUGGCUCAACGCCAGCAUCCCCCUGGAGGAUCGUGACGGGCGGCAGGUGCGGAGCCAGUGCAGCCGCUACAGCCUCGACGCUCUCAUCAAUUUCUCCGCCUGGAACCUGGUGCCCGGCCGCGAUGUCAAUCUCAGUCAGGUGGCGCAGGAGGAGUGCCUGGAUGGCUGGGAGUACAGCCGGGAGGUUUAUCUUUCCACGAUCGUCACGGAGUGGAAUCUCGUAUGUGACAGUGAUUGGAAAGCUCCUCUAACUACAUCUUUGUUCUUUGUGGGUGUGCUGCUUGGAUCUUUUGUAUCUGGACAACUCUCAGACAAGUUUGGCAGAAAAGCUAUUCUAUUUGCAACCAUGGGUGUGCAGACAGGUUUCAGCUUCCUCCAGAUCUUCUCAACCAGCUGGGAAAUGUUCACAGUGCUUUUUCUUAUAGUUGGCAUGGGGCAGAUUUCAAAUUACGUUGUGGCCUUCAUAUUAGGCACAGAAAUUCUUGGCAAAUCAGUCCGUAUUAUAUUCUCUACGUUAGGAGUUUGCAUAUUUUUUGCAAUUGGCUACAUGUUGCUGCCACUAUUUGCUUACUUCAUCAGAGAAUGGCGGAUGCUGCUACUGGCUCUUACUAUCCCUGGGGUGUGCUGCAUUCCACUGUGGUGGUUUAUUCCUGAAUCUCCUCGGUGGCUGAUCUCUCAAGGAAGAUUCAGAGAAGCUGAAGCUAUUAUUCGGAAGGCAGCACAAACAAACAGGAUUCGAGCUCCAUCAAUAAUUUUAGAUCCAGUGGAGGUAGAAGAUUUGAAAGCCAAGCAACAUCAGGGUGUGUUUUUGGACUUGUUCAGAUCACGAAACAUUGCAAUUAUGACUUUUAUGUCUCUUCUUUUAUGGAUGCUUACAUCUAUUGGCUAUUUCGGUCUGUCACUCAGCACCCCUAAUCUGCACGGAGAUGCCUACUUCAAUUGUUUUCUGUCAGCAGUCAUUGAGGUCCCAGCCUAUGUGAUUGCUUGGCUCCUCCUGCGGAUCUUGCCUCGGCGAUAUACAAUAUCUGGCACCCUCUUCUUGGGAGGAGGAGUUAUUUUGUUCAUACAGUUAGUACCUUCAGAUCUCCACAUUCUGUCUCUCAUCUUAGUGAUGCUGGGGAAAUUUGGGGUCACAUCAGCCUUCUCCAUGCUUUAUGUCUACACUGCAGAACUCUACCCAACGACAGUAAGAAACAUGGCAGUGGGUUCUGCUUCCAUGUCAUCCCGGGUGGGCAGCAUUAUUGCACCAUACUUUGUUUUCCUGGGGGCCUAUGGUAAAUUUCUGCCUUACAUCAUCAUGGGCAGCCUGACGUUAUUAAUAGGGAUUCUCACCCUCUUAUUGCCAGAAAGUUAUGGAAAACCUCUGCCAGAGACAUUUGAUGACAUGCAACAAAUUAAUGGGUUAAGCAAAAGAAAACAUCUCUACAGGGUAGAGAAUUCAGAGCAAAGUGAACUGACCAUCAAGAAUAUGACAUCAUUUUGAUCAUAUCAGUUGAAUGGAAGAGUUUGUGGUUAACAAUAUUUCUAAAGAUAUAUGAAAGUCGAUAACACUAUUAGACAGACUUUUCUAACGAUCCUGCGGUUCUCAAAACACUGAUGUACCAAAUAUGUGGAAUUGUGUUAAAUUGCUGUGUUGGCACAAGUUACUUUUAUCAGUAACUAUUUCUCUUCCUUGGUUUGGGAUUUGUAUUUUUGUAAGGUCUUGAGUAUUUUCAUCUCUUCUUGAGGUGUAGGUAUUAUUUUAUUGUUGUAUAUGUGUAUUUAUCCUUUUUAUAACAUUUCUUGAACUCCAAACAUCAUUUAUAAGUAUUCUCGAUUAAUUAUUCUCGAUCUAUAAGUAGUCUCGAUUAAGAUCUACAGUAUAAUAUUACACUUUAGAAAAUAAAUGGCAGAAUUUUUUGUGGGUAGGGCUAUAUCUUCUAAGGCUCACUUGAAAAAUCUUUAAAGUAAAAAUUGACUAUAAUAAAUUGUGAUUUUAAACUUUAAAAGAUAUUUUUAAAAGUGAAGCACGUGUUUUGAAAUUUGUUUUCUUAUUAGAAAUAAAUUAUAACUGUUUUUUUUCUGUCAACCAGAAAAUAGCUCCGGAAAUCCAAAAUCUAAAGUUAAUCGUCAUUGGCUUCUACCUUUUAGGAAAUUUGCCUGUCAAAGAGGGAACAAUGCACACAAUACAUAGACAUGGUUUCUACACACUUCGCAUUCUAGUUAUUUAUAUGAUUAAUUAAUUCACUGGGCCCAAAUACAGCUCUUUAUUUAUUUUCUUCAAUGAGAAAUAUAAAUCAGGUAUUAUGUUGGAUGUAAGUCAGCCUACCAGAAGAAACUAUUUUAUGAAACUGGAUUUUUAAAGCAUUUUAGGUGAUAAAGUAAAUAUUAAAGAUGAUGGCGUGCAUGAGCUUGUCAAAUCCUUUGCUGAGAAAGUCAUAAGAUAAAAUAGUGAUUAAGGUCAAGUAUUCAGACAAUUGGAUCUUUAUGUAUAGAUCACAAUUUGUUGCCCAUUUAACACUGAAAUUCUUUGUCUUUUGUCAACAAAAUCAUGCCUAUAUCUAUUUCUUAUUUGAAAGGCUUAAAAUGGUAUUUUUUGAAAACGUAAAUUUCUGUAAUUCAGAUUUUGCCUGCAUCAUAGGAGGAAACUGGCUUUCUAAGUACCAUUCCUAGUAAUAUAUUAAUCAGACUUAAUUCAUUAAAAAGUAUGCAACCCACUUAUCUUAAAUGUCAGGAUCAUAACUAGUAAAUCUGCACAAUAUGCUGUGUUUUUAUACCAUUAAUCUGAACACAGCAUGCUUUGUUAUAAUACUAUUAGUCCAGAGCAAUUUGUUUUAUGACCUUAGACCAGGGGUGUCAAACUGCUGGCCUGUGGGCCGGUUUCAUCAUACUGGAGCCCCGCCCACCCCAUUGCCGGCAGUGGCAAAAAAGCUCUGAUACGUUGCAUGUCACGUGACGUCGCAAGUUUGACAUGUCUGCCUUAGAUCAAUCUUUUCCAAUGUGAUGAUCCCAAGAUAAUGCUGACUAUUGAUGAGAAUGAUGGAGUUUAUAUUCCAACACAUCUGAUGGACAAGAUUAUCUUGGACAUUUUCUAUGAUGGUUCUGUGAAGGCUGCUUUAAAUUUUACUUAGGAUGGAGUAAAAGUUUUAAAUAUGGCAAAGAAAGUCUUUAUAAAAGCAGCUUUUUCUAACCACUCCUUUGAAAACUAGAGAUGGAGCAUCUGUAUCUACCUUGAAAAAGAAUGACAAAAGACCAAAGCAGCAUUUAAAUCGAUCCCUGACCUUCAGGUGACAAAUUCAGGACUAGUAGCUCCUGUUCCUUGUAGAACACUCUGCUUUAUGAAUCCUUGCAAUAAAACUAACAAUGUAUGUUAAUUUUUUUAUGGUUCUGGUGCAACACAUUUCCAUAGUCUUAACAUGACUCUUCUAAUAAUCAAGUUACUUGUAAGAUUGCCAGUUUCCGAAUCACAAACUAUAGCUGUAGAUCCACAGUGUUUUCUCAGGUUUUUUACCUAUGGCAAACAGGCAGGAUUCUGAAACACCCCUUAGAAGAAAAAAUCUCACGCUAAUGACUUUCUCAACAAAAAUCUAUCAGACAAAUUUGUUUAAUAAUGUAUUGUAAUCUGGCAAUAUGUAAUAUAUUGUGUAUAAAUAUUUUAAACAAAAUAAUGGAUUCCUAUACAGUUUUACCUUGUUGUAAUUGUAACUGUUUCUAAAACAAUAUUUGUGGUACUUUUUUGGAAAAUCUAGUUUUGUUAGAGUUUUUUCAUAGUUUUAAGAGUCUCUUGAUUUUUAGUUCAACACUGUCCAGUUUAGAAAGCUGCACUUUCUAGAAGAUUGUGACUUUGCAAUUUUGUUUUUAAUUUUUGGAGGGAUCACUUCUCUAAAGACUAUUACAGUAUUACCUGACCUAGUGCAAGUUGUAAAGACAUUUUAGCCUCCUGUUAUAUCCUUAGCUUCUUAUAAUAUAGCUGCUUUCAUCUAAUGAGGUCCAAUUUAGUAGUUGAAGAAAGUCUGAUGAAAAAAGCAACAAUUGUAUUUCUUUUUACCUUUCAUUACUAGGUAGCUGAAGAUUUAUAAUAUCCAAGCAUGGAUUAUUGACAUAUUAAGUUCUAUAGUGUUUAUCCUAUAAUUACUUCAUCAAAAUAUGUUUCAGUAAAAUGUAUUCUUUGCCAAUAUAGAGUUUUCUCAGGGAUUUUUCAGAUAAUGAUUGCAAUCUUCCAAAGACAGGAAAUGGUAGGAGGACCAUUUGGAAUGGAAGAAGACGAGUCAUUUGUCACAUUUUAUUCCUCGCUUCAUUUUUUUCUGUAAAACAAUUGUGGUGCUAGCCGAAGUUUUAAUUAUGUCUCCUGGUAGGCAGCAUGCACAAUUUUGUUUCAUUCAAUGAAACACAUUCAACGGUCAUGCAAGUAGGAAAUCAAUGCUUCAAUACAGUUCCAUUUUUGCUACUGCCUUGCAGGACAUUAAAAAAGAAGGAAUCUGGUUGCUAUUAGGUUGCAAUAAAAGGCUACAAGUUAUAAAUCAGGCUGAACAAAUUCCAUUUAGCUGUUAAUUUUGUAAAGUGCCUUGUAGUCAUGUUUGGUGUUCUUUAUUUAAAGACUGAAGUUUCUCAGCUUACCAAAGUGUGAGUUAUUUGUCUCAUAUAUCUCAUCUAACAGCUCUAUUAGAUGUGUUUUGGAUUGCACUUAUACUGUAUCUGGUAAUGUACUGAAUAUUAAUUGGAAUCAGGUUCUCCAGUUGAAGGAACUGAUUUGGUGAUUAAAAGAGGAAAGAAAACGCAAUGGAUUUUCCUACUAGGCGAUCCUCAGAGUAGAUCAAGACAAAGGUGUAAAGUAGACAGGAACUCCUAUCUUACAAAUUUAUGUUCUAUGUUGGACUCUUCGCUGUUCAUUUGGAUUAUGCCAAUUAUGAAAUCUCAUGUGUCACCAUGUAACUGUAUCUCUUUAUUUUCUUCAUUGAGAGCAAGCAUAAACAAAACCUUCAAAACCUA